CUCCUCCUGCGUUUGGAAGCAAGAAGAGAUGUUGGGCGACGGUCCCUGACGCGGGCAAACUUCGGCGUCAGUUUCAAGGCUCCUCCCUCCCGGUGAAAGGCAGACUGCGGGGCGCCUGGAAACCGGUUAGAGGGAGAGAGGGCUUGAGGGAUUGCCACAAAUGGUCAGGCAGCAACGGUGGCGGAGAAAGAAGAAAAGGCGACGGCGGUAGCAGCAACAGCAGCUGGAGUUGCCACGCUCUGCUUGGCGGGCUGCAGAGGAGUGAGCGCUGGCGGCGCGCCGUGCUGCUGGGGCGGCCCUUCCCGUCCUCCGCUUCCCUCUUGUCUCCCCUUCAUGAGUCUGAAGUUUGAGCUGGCAGGAGAGGAGGGAAAAGGCAGCUGCAGGAGGAACCUGGAUAGGGAGAAAGGAGCCGCGGGGGUAGAGAAAGUGGCGGCGAGAGCAGCAGCACCAAGAGGAACCGGCGAAGUAUGGCUGAGAAGAGGACUCGGCAAGUUUGCAGCGGGGCCGAGCCCGCGGCUGCAUUGGCUGGGGGCAGCCGGGCCACGGUGCGCUCUCCGCGGCCGUUCUUGCUGCUGCCGCCGCUGCUCCUACUGCUGUGGACGGAGGCUUCGGUGCUUCCUGCUGUGGGCCAGCCGCAGCAGCAAUACAAUGGCGAGCGGGGCAUCUCGGUGCCGGACCACGGCUACUGCCAGCCCAUCACCAUCCCGCUGUGCACGGACAUCGCCUACAACCAGACCAUCAUGCCCAACUUGCUGGGCCACACCAACCAGGAGGACGCCGGCUUGGAGGUGCACCAGUUCUACCCUCUCGUCAAGGUGCAGUGCUCGGCCGAGCUCAAAUUUUUCCUGUGCUCCAUGUACGCGCCUGUCUGCACCGUGCUGGAGCAGGCGUUGCCGCCUUGCCGCUCCCUGUGCGAGCGGGCGCGCCAGGGCUGCGAGGCGCUCAUGAACAAGUUUGGCUUCCAGUGGCCGGACACGCUGCGCUGCGAGAAGUUCCCCGUCCACGGCGCCGGCGAGCUCUGCGUGGGCCAGAACACCUCCGAGCGCGGCACGCCCACGCCCUCGCUGGGGCCCGAGUUCUGGACCAGCAACCCUCAGCUGCUGCCUGGUGGCGGCGCAGUGGCCGGAGGAGGAGGAGCAGCAGCAGGCGGGGGUGGAGGGAGCCACCUGGUGGAGCGGACGGGCAGGUUCACCUGCCCCAGAGUGCUUAAGGUGCCCUCCUACCUCAACUACCGCUUCUUGGGUGAGAAGGAUUGUGGGGGGCCCUGUGAGCCUGGGCGCCCUUACGGGCUCAUGUACUUUGGGCCAGAGGAGCUGCGCUUCUCCCGCACCUGGAUUGGCGUCUGGUCAGUGCUGUGCUGUGCCUCCACCCUCUUCACUGUGCUCACCUACCUGGUGGACAUGAAGCGCUUCAGCUACCCUGAGAGACCUAUCAUCUUCCUCUCGGGCUGCUACACUGCUGUGGCUGUGGCCUACAUUGCAGGGUUCCUGCUAGAGGAGAAGGUGGUCUGCAAUGAGCGCUUCUCAGACGACAGCUCUCGUACGGUGGCACAAGGCACCAAGCGAGAAGGCUGCACCAUCCUCUUCAUGAUGCUCUACUUCUUCGGCAUGGCCAGCUCUAUCUGGUGGGUGAUCCUCUCCCUCACUUGGUUCCUGGCGGCUGGCAUGAAGUGGGGCCAUGAAGCCAUUGAGGCCAACUCUCAGUACUUCCACCUGGCUGCUUGGGCCGUGCCUGCCAUCAAAACCAUCACCAUCUUGGCUUUGGGGCAGGUGGAUGGGGAUGUGCUCAGUGGCGUCUGCUUUGUGGGCAUCAACAAUGUGGAUGCCUUGCGAGGCUUUGUGCUGGCACCGUUGUUUGUUUACUUAUUCAUUGGAACUUCCUUCCUCCUGGCUGGAUUUGUGUCCCUUUUCAGAAUUCGAACCAUCAUGAAACACGAUGGUACCAAGACAGAAAAGCUAGAAAAGCUGAUGGUGAGGAUAGGGAUCUUCAGUGUCCUGUACACAGUGCCUGCCACCAUAGUCAUCGCCUGUUAUUUUUAUGAGCAAGCUUUUAGGGAACAGUGGGAAAGGAGUUGGUUUGCUCAGAGCUGCAAGAGCUAUGCCAUCCCUUGCCCCAAUAACCACCAUCAUCCACCCAUGAGUCCGGACUUCACUGUUUUUAUGAUCAAAUAUCUCAUGACUUUAAUUGUAGGCAUCACCUCAGGCUUCUGGAUCUGGUCUGGGAAAACACUCAAUUCCUGGAGGAAGUUCUAUACCAGACUCACCAACAGCAAGCAAGGGGAAACAACAGUGUGAACCUCCUGCUCCAACUAGAGAUAUCUGCCAGAGGACCUUGCCGUCUGCUUACAGUCCCGGCCAGAGAGGGGGUGAGAGAUGCUCACAUAGUCACUCUCUGAAGUCUUCUGGGCAAGGACUUUUCCCUCUUAGCCCACAGGGAACUGAUGUAAGGAGGCUGGUGGAGGGACAACCCUUUUUCUCCAUACCUUCUACCGGACUAACUUUUACCAUAAAGUUGGGAAUGUGGCUCUGAGGUUGUUGUAAAUAGCCUGUAAGAUUUUGUAAGUAUAUUUGUAUUUAAAUUGCAGAGUUCUCACUUUUGUAAUUAUUUAGAACUUUUUUAACCUGUUUGCAGACUUUCCUUCUUUUGAAGAAAGGAGAAAGAAACCUGAUGUUCCAUUUUAUUUUCCUGCAAAGCUGAAACAUAGGAACUUAAAAUGAGCUCAACAGUUCUCCUAUUGUCUUCCUCCUGCCCUCCCCCAAUUGCAUGGUAACGGUUGCCUGUCAAAGUACUUAGUCUAGGAUGAUGGCUGAUUCACAAUUGGACAUAUAAACUUGAUUCCAGUAGAAUUAAUGGUUUCAGGAAAGUUGUCUUGGUAGGCUGCACAGCUGGCUUGAUAUGUGCUGCAUGACAAAUGCAGUCAGGGAGUGGAAGAAUCUCCACUCUUACCCUUGCUUAGAUAAAGGCGCAAGCAGUUCUACCUGUUCCAGUUCCACUCUGGGGAAGGGAAGAGUGUGUUACUGUUACCCAAGUGCACACCUAGCCCUUGCCUAAGAAAACUCUCUCUCCACCACCAAACUCUUGUUGAGAAAGUUUCCUAAGACCUGCCUAAAGGCAUGACCUGUUUUUAAGAAGUAUGAAAUUGAAUGGUUGGAGUGCAAUUCUCUCACCAGCUGCUCCUGUUCACACAUCCUGAUCAAGAACUGUAACUUUUAUCUUAAUUUUGUAAUAUUUUGAACAUGCAGGGGUUUUUUAAGCCAGUAAGGGGUAACUUCUCUCUCUUAUGGAAACAAGGCCAUUUGUUAGUUACUCUGUAGCAAGGAGGAGUACUGUGCAUUUUUAUUGUGAUAUGAGCCUCCAUUUCUUAACAGUUUGCUUUUUCAAUAGAUUUUUUAUUUUUUUGUUUAACAAUUUUGCUGGAAGAGAACGACAAGGAAAGCACUAUUCAGCGGAUUUUUGCAAAACUAGUCAGUAUGACCAAGAAUAAGAGGGGAAAUAAACCCAAUAAAAGAUCUCAACAGCUUGGAUUAUUCAGACAGGACUCGAUGGCCUUAUAGGCCCCGUCCAACUCUAUGAUUUUCAAAGUAUUUAAAAUACUGACAUUUCAUUUCUACAUAUCUUCAUAACUGGUGGGUUUUAAUUCCUUCUUGUUAAUAGGUAAAUGAAAGGCAUGGUGAUUUAUGCCAUCAGGAAAAAUAAGUUUCAACUGAAUGUUAGGGUGUGAGACCCCAAAGAAUCUACAAGCCUGCUAUUUCAAUACUGUAAUUUAUAUGUAAAGCUAAGAGAGCCUGUGUAUGAUUGGACUAUGCUCUCUAAACUGUGUGGCCCAUAUUUCCUUAACAGGUUUAUACAAGAUGUGUCAAUUUUAACUGGCAAACACAUUUUAAUAUUUAAUCUUUUUUAUAGCAACAGACUUGCUACUCUUCUGAUUGUAUGGUUUCAAACUUUUUUUUAUAUAUAUAUAAGCACCUGUCAAAUAUUAUCUAUGACUUACCAUACCCUAAAAUGCAUAGCUAUGUGAAUUUGGUAUGCAUUUUAUUUCUGUUCACUAUUGCAAGAACAUCUAUAUUUAUAGAGGAAUAGAAGUUUAUAUAUAUAUAUAUAUAUAUAAAAUACAUAUUUUUCAUUUCUUUGAAAUAAA